GUUAUGCCCAAGUUUCGGAAAUUAUCUCAAUUGAACAAACGAAGGGAACGAACAUUGAAUGUACGUCUUCCUCACAUAAUAAAAGAUAAAAAUGAAAUUGAACAGUUAUUUGAGGGUAAUUUUCAUAUAAAAUUACCACGACAGUCCAGUAAAUCAUGUCAUGUCAUCUUUCCUACCAUGAAAGAGAAGAUUAAAAAUUAUAAACUUGCAAAGGAUAAAACAAUCGAUGGAGAGCGAAUUGUUAUUCAACCAUUGCAUGAGCUUGUAUUUAAAAAAGAAACCAAUACAAAAAAAAAGGUUUUUAUACCUGAAAUUAAACCGGAUGUUGAAGUAACAAAAACAUUAUUUAUCUCAAAUAUAUCGAGUGGUACAAAAUCACAUGAAAUAAGAGGUGCCCUUCCUGGAUGUGUUAGUGUUACUUUAUUAAAACAUUACAAUAAAAAUUUUAGAAUGUUGAUGCCAAAAAAAAAUCGUGUAGCUAUCUAUGAGUACCUUUUCAAGGAGGGAGUCAUGGUAGCGAAGAAGGAUUAUCAUGCAUCGAAACAUCCAGAAUUAGAAAAUAUUCCUAAUCUUCAAGUCAUUAAGGCUAUGCAGUCUUUAAAGUCUAGAGGAUACGUCAAAGAACAGUUUGCAUGGCGACAUUUCUAUUGGUAUCUGACAAACGAUGGUAUUGAAUAUCUGCGUGGAUACUUACAUUUACCACCUGAAAUUGUACCCUCCACCCUUAAGAAACAACCGAGAUCCGAAACUACAAGACCAAGACCUGCCGCAACUAGGAGCGAAGGCUCAAGACCAACAGAAGAUCGUGCGGGAUAUAGACGAGGACCAGGUGGUCCUCCAAGUGCCGGUGACAAAAAGGCCGAUGUUGGCGCAGGUACUGGCGAUCUCGAGUUCCGCGGUGGUUUCGGCCGUGGAAAAGCUCUUCAGUAAUUUUUUUUUAAUAUAAAAUAAAUAUGCUUUAAAAAACAAAA